UCACCCCCGCUCACUGGGGGGCUCCCCAGCUACAGCUGGCGGGCGGGCUCUGCGGCUGACAUGGCGGCGCCCGGGCCCGGCGCGGAGGGGCUGUGCUGCUCCUGCCCCAGCGCGACCGCAGGCGUACAGCAGACGCUGGAGGAGAUGGAUUUCGAGAAGGGAAUCUGGUCAGCAGCCCUGAAUGGAGACCUGGGCAGAGUGAAGUAUUUAAUCCAGAGGGCAGCAGACCCUAGUCAGCCUGACUCAGCUGGGUACACUGCGCUGCACUAUGCCAGUCGCAAUGGACACUAUGCUGUAUGCCAGUUCUUGCUGGAAAGUGGGGCCAAGUGUGAUGCCCAAACUCAUGGGGGUGCCACUGCUUUGCACCGGGCUAGCUACUGUGGGCACACUGAAAUUGCACGGCUUUUGCUUUCACAUGGUUCCAACCCCAGGUUGGUUGAUGCUGAUGGUAUGACCAGUCUGCAUAAGGCUGCUGAGAAGGGUCACAUGGACAUUUGCUCCCUCCUGCUACAACACAGCCCAGCUCUGAAGGCCAUCCGGGACCGGAAGGCACGAUUAGCUUGUGAUCUGCUGCCCUGCAACAGUGACCUUCGGGACCUUCUAGCCAGCUGAAUUGCUGCCUCUUGUCUGACUGCUAUGCAAGGGUACACAGACCAGCUCUCCCAGCACUUUCCUGGUCAGCAUCCACACUGAAGGGUGGGAAACCGAGGCCUGAAGACCCAGAAAUAAUCACUUUUUGUGGAAGCAAGGGAGUCAAUUUGGUGUGGCUGAAAAUAUUUAAGACAGAUGAUCAUACUCUAACUCAGUUCACGUGGAAGCAUCCAUUUAGCAAAAAUAAAAAUAUAUUCUUACCUCA